CCCUCCUGGGAAACUGACGUCCCGUUAGUGCCGCGGCUGCUCACCGGCAGUGAUACAGCAAUACGCGGCCGCGCUUCACCAUGGAAUUAACGAGCACUCUUUCCCAGCCCAAACACAAACAUUAUUCGGACGCUACAGUCUUUUCUCCUUAGGUGACGUGUUUUGUUUUUGUCGCCGUGGGUUCUUUGUAUCGACAGUACUGUUUCUGGAGGUUCGUCGUUCAGAAGAGGAAUUGUUGCGACGGCUGGUUUCCUGCGACAUAGACAGAGAGGUCAGCAAAGAGGCUUUAACAGAUUUUUUUUAAUUGCACCAAAAUAAUGAAGGAGGUUUGUCAUUUAUUUUUUGUUUACUGUCAGCUAUAACCAAAGAAAGAGCUAAAGUUCUGCGUUAUAGUCGCUUCUGCCGACCUAGCUAAAAACCUAGCUACAUUUUUGCAGUCUGGUUAUUUAAUUUCGCGACAUUAAACAUAGUUGUAUCAGCUUUCCGGUCAUGAAUUAAUAUUGUCGUCGUGAAGUGGAGUGCCACCUGUAAGCUCGUGUUCAGACUCAAAGCGUUGUCUUUUCUGUUGUUUUUUUUUUUUCGUUUAAAAAGGACAUAAAUCAUAUGACUUGCCAGCUGACCCAGCUAACUAGCCUCUAAGUUAGCUGGUUGCAGAUAAUCGUUUGCAGCUUUGUCAUCUUGAAAACCCGACCGAGAUGCACCACCAGGACUUAUCUGGGGAGUCGUCGGGCUCAGGGAGCCGCAAAACGUCGUUCCACUUCAGAAGGGGAAGCAGCGGCGCGCCCGCCUCUCCUGCGGCAGCCGCUGGAGGUGGAGGGACCCCGGCUGAGGACAGCCCAGCUCAGGCCGGAUCGUCCUCUCCGGCUCUCCAUCACCAGAGUCAAGGACCUGGGACCCAGAUGAAGAAGAAGAGCGGCUUCCAGAUUACAAGCGUCACCUCAGCACAGAUCAGCGUGAGCGGGAACAACAGUUUGGCCGAUGACACCGAAAGCUAUGAUGACAUGGACGAGUCCCACACCGAGGACCUGUCCUCAUCUGACUUGCUGGAUGUGUCCGUGUCAAAGGCCACAGACAAAGGCGUGCCGGAGAGAAGUUCCUCGGAUGAGACCUUGAACAGUCUCCAUGGGGUUGACACGCCAGGGCUUGUGUCACCCAACGAGCCUCUUCAGCCUCACAGCAUCCUUCAGGGGGCUCAGCAUCACUCAUCUUUGGUGAACGGUGCGGUGCACCACCCGUAUUAUCCUCAAACCAGCCACCACCAGCGCUCCGACAGCUUAGGUGGAGCCGAACCAUCAUUGCCAACUCUGCCAGUUCAACCGCUUGCUAGCUCCAGCCCAUCUUUGCUUUCUAAAGCUGGGCCCAGCCCGACCCAGAGGCCGGUGGCAUUGGAUAACUCCAAAGUCGUGGCAGGUCAACAACUAACCCCUCUCGUUGGGACUUUUGCUGAAACGAACAUAAAAGGGGGUGUGUGCAUUCCAGGUUCAUCUGCCGGCCCUGCUGCCCCCUCGACACUUUCAGGUUUGGAACCCGGGCAACCGGCUUCGUCUGCUGCUGCUGCCGCUCCGGGCCCUGCCCACGGCACUCAGACGCAGCACAUCCACACGCAGACGGCCACCGGCUCCCGCUUUCGGGUGGUCAAGCUGGACACAAACUCGGAGCCGAUUCGGAAAGGAAGAUGGACGUGCACGGAAUAUUACGAGAAGGAGAUUCCUCAUGCGGCGCCAUCUGAGGGACCAAAAGCGGCAGAGACUGCUGCCGAGCCCGAAGUGGGGAAUGCUGGGAUAAGCCCGGCGAUUCCUGCCGUCCAGCCGCUCCACAAUCUGCAGCCCUAUCAGCCUCAGGGUCAGGACUUCACCAGCCCACAAGCCAUGCAGAGCCCCCCGCAGGCUCCCCAAACGGCUCCUUUGAGUUAUAUUUCACCCCAGGAGGUUGUUGGGAGCGUUCACCUCCAGAAACCAGUUUCUAUUGCUGCUGUUCCUGCAGCUGCACCAAAGACAGAUGGGAGUCUGACUCCUUUGCUAAUACCCCAGCAGUUCCCCUACGCUGUUGAUCCACAGCAGGUUCAACCCCAGGGAGGGUACCCCCCACCUCAGCUGCAUGCCGGUGGGGUAGUGGCACCAGGAAAUAUCAGGCAGCCGGACUUUAUCCAGCCAACCGCUCCUUUCCAGACACAAGUGCAGCCUCCACUUCCGCAUUCAACGGCGGGAAUCCCCGUAACCCCAGGGGUGGCGGUCCCGCCUCAGCAGCCAGUGAGCAUCACGCAGCAGCUGUCACUUCACGGUCAACCACCCCAACCGGCUCCGGCGGCAUUCGCUGCUGGUCAACUGCAACCACAAAUCCGCCCCCCGUCUGCCGGUGCAGUCCCCGUAGCCCCGUCCCACGGGAGCCCCUACAUGACUGCCCUGCAAGCUGACCUCAAACCCCUCCUGGCAUCAGGGGUGAGCAUUCCCCAUGUGCCUGCAGGAGGGAGCUCUGUCAAAAGCUCUCAGCUGGAGGAUGCCCAGAGGCUGCUCCUCCAGCACCAGGGCCUGCUGGGCCUGCCCAGGCUGGGCGCGGUGGUGGCCGCCGUCGGAGAUGGGGCCGCAGAGGGGGUUGGAUCUCUGGCCCACAUGGGGAUGUCGGCGGAGGCCAGCGCCUUCAUGGUUGCUGCAGGCCUCCGGAGCCAGCAUGCCGAGGGAGAGGAUGACAGCUCUUCAGGCAUUGGUGUGGUUGCCAUUGACAACAAGAUUGAACAAGCGAUGGACCUGGUGAAGAGCCAUCUGAUGUACGCCGUGCGCGAGGAGGUGGAGGUCCUCAAGGAGCAGAUCAAGGAGCUGAUCGAGCGCAACACUCAGCUGGAGCAGGAGAACAACCUCCUGAAAACCCUGGCCAGCCCGGAGCAGAUGGCUCAGUUCCAGGCGCAGGUACAAACCGACGGCUCUCCGAGCAGCGCCGGCCAGCCGCCAGUCCCCCCGGGAAACUCGCAGGUCCUCCCGUCCACACAGAACUCUGGCACAUCGGCGUAACGCGAAAGCUGUACACUGGAAAAGCCCACUAAGAGUAGGAGUUGACUCGAACAUCAGCAAGACCGACUAUGCCGACAUCAGGAGGAGCACUAACCAGAAAGAACCUUUUGUUUUGUUGCACAUUUAAUUUAACUGACGGAAAUGGAGUUGCACCUGUGUGAAUGUGUACAUGAGUGAGUGAGUGUGUGUGUGUCCGUCUUCAUUUCGUCUGCAACUUCUGCUACCUGCUUCAGACAAUCCUCGUUGUCAUGCUGGUUGUAGUCUCUCGGCGAGGGGCAAGACGGAGCGAUCAGAGAGGUUCGCCGUUUCCCUUCCCUUGUCCAAUGAGUUUCUCGUGGAGAACGCCCCCUCCCCACCUUUCUCUUCUGUUUGUCCCUUUGCACUUCUUUUGCAAGCGACGUCGAAAGACUUUUAACGGACGAAUCGGGAGCUCCGCGUCCUCACUGCACACGUCCCCAUCACGGCUCCACAUCCCCGUCCUUGGAUCAGCCACAGCUUCCUAGUUGUUUUCAUGGAUGGAUCAUUCGUACAGGGAUUUAUUGUUAUUCUGAAACGCAGUAGCAGCUGGAGCAAAGUUUGCUGUUAUUGUUUUAAAUAAUGUCCAAAAUGACCUGAUAAAGGAAAUGCGAAUUUCUCGGACAUGACUGUUUGUAGGUAGUAUGUUUUGUACAGAUGAAAAGUUUUCAUUUUUAACUCUGCCAAGUGCCUGGUUUCUAACCAUAGAUACAUAUAUGAAGCUUCUUUUUUAUUUGUGUUAUCCGUUUGUGUAUAUAAAAAUAUAUAUAUCUAUGGUUUUGCCAGGUUUUGACCUACUCGUAGUGUCAUAACUCAAGGGGGGGGGCAACAGAAGAGGACCUUUUUACCUCAACACUAAGAUGCUGUCUCUCCUGCAGUGACUCACAAUUUUGUACUGUAUUCCAACAAUCCUUUGCCGUCGCUUCAGACUCACUUGCUCAAAUGAUCUGGACUCUUUAUAUUUUGGGAUGUGUGUAGCUUUUUUUAAUUUUUAUUUUAAGUAUAUGACAGUGGAGUUUUAUUUUUGUUUUGGUUUUUUGUGUCUGUUUUUGUACAGCCAAGUGUGUGAAUUGCUCGUAGUGCAACCGGAGCUCUGAACACAAAAAAAAGAGACUGUUGGUAUAAAGAAAGGAAAAUGCCCUGCGUCAGGUUUCCUGUGCAUGUUCCUUCAGCCCAUCACAAAUGUGACGUUUCAAAUUGCACUAGACAGUUGCACCUCAAAUAAAAAAGUGGAGAAAAAAAAA